AUGGACACCGCAGCCUCCGCCACCUUCUACGAGCGGUUGCCGCUCCCGACCAUCGACCGGCCUUUCGGGAUCCAGCUAUGGCCUAUCUUUGACAAGGCAUGGACUUUUUUCACCGGCUACCCCGUCAGCGAGUUCCGCUUCGUCGCCGGGGAGACGCCCAUGUCCACUCUUAAGGAGACCGGCAUUUUCGUCGUCCUUUACUAUCUCGUCAUUUUGGGUGGCCGCGAGCUCAUGCGCAACCGCGAGCCUUUCAAGCUCAAGGCCAUUUUCCUGGUCCACAACUUCUACCUCACUGCCAUCUCCGGUAUACUACUGGCCCUCUUCAUUGAGCAACUGCUGCCAACAAUUGUCCGAGGGGGCAUCUUCCAUGCCAUCUGCGACCAUGACGGUGGCUGGACCCAGCCUCUUGUUGUGCUCUACUACCUGAACUACCUGACCAAGUAUCUCGAGCUUCUUGACACUGUCUUCCUCUUCCUCAAGAAGAAGCCUCUGACCUUCCUUCACUGCUACCACCAUGGCGCCACCGCUGUAUUGUGCUACACGCAGCUGCUCGGAAGUACCUCCGUGUCCUGGGUUGUUAUCUCUCUGAACUUGACCGUCCACGUCCUCAUGUACUGGUACUACUUCCAGAGCGCACGUGGCGUUCGUAUUUGGUGGAAGGAGUGGGUCACUCGGCUCCAGAUCAUCCAGUUCAUCAUUGAUCUCGGAUUCGUAUACUUCGCCUCUUAUACCUACUUCACCUCCACCUACUUUACCUGGAUGCCCAACCAUGGCAAAUGUGCCGGCGAGGAGUUCGCCGCUUUUGCCGGCAUCGGCGUUCUCACGUCAUACCUGGUGCUCUUCAUCUCCUUCUACAUCGCGACCUACAAGAAGGAUUCCAAGCCCAACCACCGCAAGUCGCUCCGCCGCAUGUCUCAGGCUCCUCUGCCCGAUCCUCACGACCUCGUGCACGGUAUGUCCGGCAACAACGGCAUCCUGAACGGAGAGGUCAAGACCACUGGUGCGAAGCCUAACGGCACUACCACACGGUCCCGAAAGGCGUAG